CCAAUUUGUUAUAAAUUCCGCUUAUUUCAUAACUGGACAAGGUCUUUUAACUGGCCCAGGAUCCACUCCAUCAAAAGAAUUAAGCGAUAGCUUCUUCAUAAGCGGUCUGUAAAGUCUGAGCAAGGACCUUAUCCUCGAAGCUCAGUGAUGGCGUCGUUAAUAGCGAGAGCUCUACCGAUUAUUCCUCAGUCACUGAACUCAUCUUCUCGCUUAUCGUCGUCUCAAUCCGAAAACCUAGGCAUUUCUCUUUCCUAUUCAACACCAACUCUGUCCCUUUCUCUCUCUACCGCUUCCUCUUCUUCAGUCCCAUUUGUGUAUUGCGGAAGAGGAGACAGGAAGACCGCGAAGGGGAAGCGAUUCAACCAUUCGUUUGGGAACGCGAGGCCUCGGAACAAGAAGAAAGGUAGAGGACCGCCGAGAAUACCAGUUCCUUCUUCUCCGCCUAAACCUGAUCGAUUUGAAGAGGACCAAGUUGUUAAGAUCGAUAUCGAUGAGUCUCUCACUUAACGUUUUGUAAUUCCUAAAACCUCUAAUUUGCUUCUGUUAUGAUUAGCAUUGUAUGUGUUGUGUUGUUGCCUUGCCAAUUAGAAUUCUAUUGAGCCUUAUGAAUUUCCAGCAACUUAUCGUUUGAUUCUUUGAUUUUUUUUUCUUUUAGUUGCUUAUUGUGUUUGGGUUAGAACAGUUCUUUGACAAAAGAAUUGUUAGAGAUGGAUAACCCUCUUAUUAUUCACCUGUUCUUCUGAAGGUUUUGUUAUCUUAAAACUUGAACUGACCUGU